CUCCUAUGAUCAGCUGACUGAGAGAAAGCUGUGUCGAAGGAGCUUCGGGCGACAACCUGCCGUUAUCUGCGCUAUGUAAGCGAAGCUGCGAACACUUCGCUGAAUAAAAACCGUGUGGACCAAACACCGAACCCGCUAAAUUUAUCGCAGAGUCCCAGUGGACAAACCUCCUGCCAGCAGCCAUGACAGAAUUCUGGUUGAUCUCUGCUCCGGGGGAGAAGACGUGUCAGCAGACCUGGGACAAACUGAUGGUCGCCACCUCACGCACCAACAACCUCUCGACCAACAACAAGUUCAACAUUCCCGACCUCAAGGUUGGAACCCUUGACGUCUUAGUGGGUCUGUCAGAUGAGUUGGCUAAACUGGACACUUUUGUAGAAAGUGUGGUGAAGAAGGUUGCUCAGUACAUGGCUGAUGUUCUGGAGGACAGCAGAGAUAAAGUCCAGGAGAACCUGCUGGCUAAUGGAGUUGACCUGGUCACCUAUAUCACCAGAUUUCAGUGGGACAUGGCUAAGUACCCAAUCAAACAGUCUCUGAAAAACAUCUCUGAGAUCAUCUCCAAGCAAGUUACUCAGAUAGACAAUGAUCUGAAGGCUCGAGCUUCAGCCUAUAACAACCUGAAGGGAAAUCUGCAGAAUCUGGAGAGGAAGAAUGCGGGGAGCUUGUUGACCAGGAGUCUGGCUGACAUAGUGAAGAAAGAGGACUUUGUGCUGGACUCAGAGUAUCUGAUUACCAUGCUGGUAGUCGUCUCAAAGACAAACUAUGCUGACUGGCAGAAGACGUAUGAAACACUGGCUGAAAUGGUCGUGCCACGCUCCACUAAGCUGCUGUUUGAAGACAACGAAAGUGGUCUGUUCAGCGUCACCCUCUUCAGGAAGGCUGUAGAUGACUUCAAACACAAGGCCAGGGAAAACAAGUUCACAGUGCGUGACUUCCAGUACAAUGAGGAGGAGAUGAAGGCAGACAAAGAAGAGAUGACACGUUUGUCCACUGACAAGAAGAAGCAGUUUGGGCCCUUGGUGAGAUGGCUGAAAGUGAAUUUCAGUGAAGCCUUCAUCGCGUGGAUUCACAUAAAAGCUCUGCGUGUGUUUGUGGAGUCGGUGUUGAGAUAUGGGCUGCCAGUCAACUUCCAGGCCAUGCUGCUUCAGCCCAACAAGAAGAACAUGAAGAAGCUGAGGGAGGUGCUGUAUGACCUCUACAAACAUCUGGACAGCAGUGCUGCCAUCAUUGAUGCCUCGAUGGACAUCCCAGGUCUGAAUUUGAGUCAGCAGGAGUAUUACCCUUAUGUUUACUACAAGAUCGACUGCAACCUGCUGGACUUCAAAGUCUAGCCACAUUGCCAUCAUGUGUUCUGUUCUGUUUUGAUUUUUCCUUCCUCCAUUCCUUUACUUGCCUUCCAGUGCUUUUCCUCUCUUCCCUCCUCUGUUCCUGGUACAUUCCUGGGUCGUAACUUUCAUAGUUCGUUAGGAAUCAGAGGACCGAUUGGUGUUUAUUUACGUAAGCUGGUCUCCAGUCAUCACUUCUGUUUUAUUAUACUUGAACAUGGGCCCUGUCCUCCUGUUGUCAGUGAGUGCCCACCAAAUCACCAAGCACAUGAAAAUACUUCAUUUUUAUUUAUUUUCAUCCAACUUUACAUGUAAUCACAUGGAAAAUACAAUGUGGGAAAACCUGGGGAGAAAAAAACAUGUAUGUUAAAUAUAGUAUUUAUUUAAAGACUCUAAAACUCAGUGAAUGUGAUUUUGUUUGUUGAAUUUUUGAAGGUGACGUGUUUUUAGCUCCGUGUAAGGAAUGUCUGGUUACAAGUUGAUGUUGACCAUCGUCUCUCCCUCUCAAACUAUUAGUCCUGUGAAAUAUGGAAAUGAUUUUACAGUAUGAAGAAGCAAUACGUUUGCUGCUCGUUCUCCCUCUUGAUUUCUGUAUGUAGAACAUUUUAAGAGUAAUUAUGAUGAACAUAUGCGCAAAUACUGUGACAUCAGUAUAACUGAAAAAUGAACCACAUAUUUAAAAUAAAUGUGAGAAUAAAAACUUUACGUGAAAGAUA